AUUCCAAUAGCCAACUCCUUUCUCAUUCUAGUCACACCCCCAAAAAAAAGCAAGGAAGCUUAGUUGCACGCCACCCCAUCCGAUAUCAUGCUGUCGUCCACGCCCCUUCUCACACACACAGCCCCCUACCCUCCAUGACUAUAUUACUACAGCUACUCCCUCCCAUACAGACAUACACACUCCCUCCUCCAGUAUUCCCACCUACUACACCCACCCCUCCUCCCAUCAACAUCACACGAUCCCCACACUCCCUCCACAUAAGACACAAAAUAAAUGCCCAUGAUCCCUCCCUCCCCUCCCCCUUCGGCUUAGUGCGCACGUAAUGGGGGAGCGGGGAAGCUGGGCUGGGACCUGGGCGAUGGGGUGGUGGUGGUGGUGGUCCAAUGAUGCAUGCGCGAUCCUGUGACCGAGACCGAGAUGGAUACCCUCCGCUUGUUACUCUUCAGCCGUUUGUUGGUGCCUGGGUUUAUAGGCAGCAACUGAUUUACUCUGUACGUGUAUAGAUAGGUAGAGGUUGUAUACCAUGUCUCGCCGAUUCCCGAGCCCGAGAUAUGGUCAACCCAUCCCCGUGACAUCGAGAAUCGGUCAUGUGUACAGAGCCACCAUCUCGUAAGCUAACAAACGACGCGUCGUCGGUCGAAGGUGGCAAAAAAAGAUUAAAAAAAGAGACACCGUGUCUAUGACACUGUCUAUGAACACAAUCCCCACAUCCAACCGCGAGGAAACCACGCUGUACGGAGUAUAGAAAAGUACCACCGUUGCGUGGGCCUCACCGAAGAGCCCACUGAGGCAUUAAAGCACGUGCAAGCCGCCUCGAUGACACGAUCGGCGAUGACAAUUCCACCUCAGUAACUAAAUCAUGACUCCUCUGCUCCACACCCGUCAAUUGCCUAUCUCCAUAUCCAUCUCCAAAAUAAAAUAUCCCGACAACGGACUCCAAUAUCCAGAUACUAUCCCUCCCAUCCCGCAGUCGGCGUCCAUACUCCGCCUUCGCACCAAACCCGUCGAUAACGCCUGCCUACACCUCUUACCCCAAUCCGUGAGCCAAUCAACUGAUACACUGGCGAUAAGAUAACGACCUCCCUCCCAUCUAAUCUAGCCCCUCCCUUCUGUACUCUAGACCCUCACCAUAGAACCUCACCUCCUCACCUCAUCUCAUAACCCUUUAAAACACGAUCCCUAUACCCUCCCCAUGGCCACGGCGCCAAAAACCAUCGGUCGCGGCGGCGCGGGGAAUUUCAGAUCUCCCACCGAUCAAAGGCCCGCUGAGACGCCUGAUACACCUGAUACGCGCACCGUCAACCCGCAGCUCUCAUCUCUACGCAGUGGGCGCGGCGGCGCGGGGAAUACCAAUCCCUCCUCCUCCUCCUCCUCUACCCCCUCCACCGGACCCAGCGCGGGUAAAUCGCCAGCGGCGCGGCUAGAUGCUGUGAUAGUAGGAGAAGCACCUAAAUCGGCCGCGAAGGAGGUGGUGUAUGGAGGGCGGGGAGGGGCGGGGAAUUGGAAGGUUGGGAGGGAGGAGGAGGAGGAGAGGAGGAGGGUGGAGGAGGAGGGGAGGAAGAGGGAGGUGGAGGAGAUGGUGAGGAGGGAGGUGGAGGGGGGGUUGGUUAUGCCGGGACGGGUGUAUAGGGGGGUGGGGAGGGGGGAGGAGGAGGAAGAGGAGGGGUGA